AUGCGGGCCUGCGGUCGAGGUUCCCGCCACAGCGGCGAGGGCAUCCACGAGGCCUGCGGCAUCAUCGCCGCGACCGAGUCGGCCCAGGGCUCUCCAGAGGAGGACAGCACGCUCGCGCGGUCUCCUCACAAUUGCAACGUGUGCAACGUAGAGUGGGCAACCGUCACCAAUCCGCUCUCCGAGCCCAUCGACGUCUUUACCGACUGGAUCGAUACCUGCAUGGAGGAGAACGAGGGCUUCCGCCCCGAUGUCGACUUUGAUGAGGACGAGAACAUCGGCUACUGA